AAACACUGCUCCCUACGAUUUAGAUCACUAACUCAUUUGGCGGUUUUGGAAAAGCUGCGAUGGCAAACUUAAUCUUGUUUUUCUGCAUUUCACUGAUGUCGGUGGUCCAGGUUGAGCUGGCUUGCUGGGUUGAAUCCGGCGAUGGGAACAGGUGUCAACAUGAUGGACUAAUUCUUGCCCCGGGUGAAGUGUACGAAAACAAGAAAGGUCCCAGAUGUUACAAGUGUGAUUGUGAGAAGGACGGCUCUUUGGGUUGCUGCGACACUGGUACAGUAAUCACAAAAUUUCCAUCCGGCUGUAAAGUCAUCCGAGUUGGAUGUCAUGACAAGGUUUUCAACGCAACGGACGAGUCAAAACCCUGUAACGGAAAAAUCAGCGCCGUAAUUGGAUGAAUUCAUUGUUUAAAGAGGAAAAUACAUUUAAAAAUACUGAAA